AUGGAACCUACAGAUCAAGUUAUUGUUAUUGGAAAAACAGAAGAAACAAACGAUCAAUCUAAUCAAGAAGAACCAACCCAACAAGAACCGACCAAUACACAAGAUCAACCAAAUCAAACAACGCCAACACCUGUUGAGGAAGAGGAGGAUAAACAUAAAAUUCAAAUUAAUGAUUGGGAGGUGAAUCGUUUAGAAAAGAAGAAAUGGUUUCUUGGUAUUAAGAGACAAAGAUUUCCAACUAAUUAUAUUAGUACAACGAAGUAUACUUGGUGGAACUUUUUAUUUUUGAAUUUACUUUACCAAUUUAAGAAAAUUGGUAAUAUUUAUUUUAUUGUUAUUAUGAUUUUCGCUUUUAUUCCAGAUGUCAGUCCUACAACUCCAGUAACUUCUGUUCUUCCUGUCAUUUUCAUUCUCGGUGUUAAUAUGGUUAGAGAAGGAGGUGAAGAUUUUCUGCGUUAUUUAAAUGACAGAAAAGUGAACAAAACAGCGGCAUAUGUGAUAAGAGGAAAGGAAAUUAAGAGAAUUGAUACUUGUGAUGUUAGAGUUGGUGAUAUUGUUAAAGUUGAGGAAGAUUAUGCUUUCCCUGCUGAUAUUUUACUUAUUUCAUCAAAUUUUGAAGAUGGUAGUUGUAAAAUUGAAACAGCAAACCUUGAUGGUGAAACUAAUUUGAAAGCAAGAUAUUGUCCAAAGGGUUUAUCAGUAUUUAGCACUCCAGAAAAGUUAGCAGAUAUGAAAGGAAUUGUUGAUUGUCAACCACCUAGUGAACAAUUAUACAAAUUUAAAGGUUCUAUCAAAAUAGAUGGAUUAGGUCCAGAAAUUCCAUUAUCUCAUCAAAAUCUUUUAUUGAAAGGAUCAAUUCUUAGAUCAACACAACAUAUUUAUGGUAUUGUCAUUUAUUCUGGUCCUGAUACUAAGAUUAUGAAGAAUAUGCAAAAAGGAAAGGUCAAAUUCAGUUUUGUUAAUUCCAUGUUGAACUAUUUCAUUGGAGCUUUAUUUACUAUUCAAAUUAUUUUCUGCUUAAUCUUUGUUGGUUUGGGUUCAUAUAAGGAAUUUACUUUGGCUAGAAUUUCUCCUUACACUGGUAAACCAAAGUCAAAUAUUACAGAUGCUGCAUAUGUUGUCCUUUCAUUCCUUACUUAUUUCAUUUUGCUUAACAUGUUAAUUCCAGUUUCAUUGUUUGUUUCUUUGGAAUUUGUCAAAAUGAUUCAAGCUUGGUUUAUUACAAUGGACAAUCAAAUGGCUAUUUAUGAUACUGAUCCUCAUGAUCCAGAUCGUAAGGUCUUUAUCAACUCUAUUUCAAUUUCCAGUGACCUUAACGCUGAUUUAUCCCAAGUUGAUAUUAUUUUCUCAGAUAAGACAGGAACACUUACAGAAAACUCUAUGGUUUUCAAUAAGUCUGAAAUUGAUUCUGUUAUUUCAGAUAGAAAAUUGGCAUUCUCUAAUGAGAAUGAAUUCUUCCUAGGUAUGAAUGUUUUCCUUCUCCUUGCACUUUGCCAUAAUGUUUCCCUAAGAGAAAAACCAAUACAUAAUGGAAGUGGUGAGAGUAAAUCAUUCUAUGAAGGUGAAAGUGUUGAUGAAGUUGCCCUCGUUUUGGGUGCUGUCAAUAAUAAUUUUACCCUCAAAUUUUACUCUGAAAAAAAGACAGUUGUUAAAAUCUUUGACAAGGAAUACACUUUUGAAAGAGAAACAGAAAUUCCAUUCACACCAGAUAGAAAGAGAAUAAUGGCUUUAUUACAAGGUAUUCCAUCUCAAGAAGUUAAUGGUCCACAAGGUAUUUAUGUUUGUUAUUCAAAGGGUGCUGACAGUUUCUUGUUCCCUUUUAUUGAACCAAACAAUAGCAAACAAUUGAAACCAAGAUUGGAUGAACAUAUUCUUAAUUUUGCUAGAGAUGGUUUGAGAACUUUACUCUUGGCUUAUAAGUUUAUUCCUGCUUCUCAAUUUAAUGAUUGGAUCACUAGAUAUAAUGCUGCCAAAUCUCUCCUUUCAAAGAAGAGAAAGCAAGCUAUUGAAUCAGCAGAAUUAGAAAUUGAAAAGGAUCUUUUAAUUACUGGUGCUACUGCUAUUGAAGAUAGAUUGCAACCUUUUGUUCCUGAAACUAUCAAAUUUUUCUUAGAUUCUGGUCUUCAACUUUGGUUACUUACUGGUGAUAAGAGAGAAACAGCUGUUAAUAUUGCUCAAAUGUCUAACUUUUUAGAUUCUGAUUCCCAAACAUUUACUUUAGAUGGAGAUGAUGGAUCUAUUCAUGAUGAUGAUACUAGUGCAUCUGCCAUUUUAGCACAUUUAGCUAAUAUUGAAAAGUUAAAUGAAUUCCAAAAGAAGAAUGUAGCUCUCGUUCUUGAUGGACAUGCAUUCACACACUGUAUGGAAACCAAAUCUCAAAAGUUCUUUAUUAAUUUGAUUAAGAAAUGUAAAACAGUAAUUUGUUGUCGUGCUACUCCAAAACAAAAGUCAAUGCUUGUAGAUUUAGCAAAGAAGAAACUUGGUAAGAAUGGUUUGGCUAUUGGUGAUGGUGCUAACGAUGUUCCAAUGAUUCAAAAAGCUAAAGUUGGUGUUGGUGUUAUGGGUAAAGAAGGUUCUCAAGCUAAAUUAUCUUCCGAUUAUGCCAUUCCAAAAUUCUUUAUGCUUAAACGUUUAUUAGUUACUCACGGUAGAUAUUCAUUCAAGAGAUCAGCUCAAUUCAUUCAAUAUUCUUUCUAUAAGAAUAUUGUCAUUACAUUUAUUCAAGUUUAUUUCACUUUCUAUACCAUGUACUCUGGUCAAACACUUGUUGACAGUUACGUUCUUACCUUCUAUAACUUGGUAUUUACAUUGUUAAAUCCAUUUGUAUUUGGACUUUUAGAAAAGGAUAUCAAGGAAGAAUAUUUGGAAGAUUCUACAAUUGGUCCAGUACUUUAUACCAAUUUGAGAAAGGAUUAUAUUUUCAAUUGGUAUACUUUUAUCAAGUGGAUUCUUGGAGCUAUUAUUCACGCAACCAUAAUCUUCUUCUUUGUUAUUUAUGCCAAUGAAGCAGGCAUUUUAACAACAGGUCAAGAUGAUGGUCUUUGGUCUGUUUCAACACUUGUCUGUUCAUGCGUAUUUUGUGUUGUUAAUCUCAAAUGUUACUUGGAGAUGGAAAAUUUCACAAUUCUUCACCAUUUAUGUAUGGCAUUCUCUUUCUUAACAUAUUAUGCAUUUGCAUUUGCUUAUGCAGGUAUUCAAUCAGUUGGUGGUACUGCCAAUCAAACUUAUUAUGUUUGGUAUACAGUUGUACAAUCUGCUAGAUUUUGGUUAGUUCACAUUUUAUGUGUUGUAACUCCUCUUGCUUUUGAUUUAUUUUUCUAUGGUAUCAAAUACUUGGUAUGGCCUGACUAUUAUCAAAAAUUGAAAAUGUAUGACACCUCAAAGAAAAAGAAGAAUAACACAACAAAGAAACCACCAAUGGAAACAAAUAAUUCUGCAGUAACAGAAUUGAGAGAUGUUUAAUUCAUUUUUCUAAAUCUACAACCUGCUUUAAUAAGAAUUUCUUCAAUUUCUUGAGCUGACUUGUCUCUGAUAUCAAUUUCUUCCUUAGUUUCAUGCUCAGCAGUGUAGAGAAUAAGUUUUGGAUAUUGUCCAAUAAAAAGAACUUGUAAUCCAGACAUUCUCAUUGAUUUUUGAGAAAUAAAUUCAAAAGCACCUUGAUAUUUC